AUGUCAAAAUUUGAAUCAAAAUAAAAUUAAUCGAACUAAAGUUAGACAGAAAUAUCGCACUUCUUAUUUUAAAUUUUCAGAAAAUUUUGCCACUAAUAUAAUUGGUUCACCGUUGGAAUAUUUUAAACAUGGGAAGUGCAAAAGAAAUAGCUGAGAAAUCGAUAAAAAUGCUUCAAAGUUUACCUAGAAUUCAACUGGGGAAUCUGCGUCCAAAUCCCAAUUCUAAGCUAAAUGUCAAAAGGGGUAGAGCUCAACAUGGUGGUGACAAACAUGGUGCUGGAAAUAAAGGUUCUGGCCAACGGCAAAACUAUAUGAGAUUAGGUUACGAAACCGGUAAUACACCCUUCUAUCUACGAUUUCCAUAUGAACCUUAUUAUAAGGGUCAUCAUUUACGUCGAGAAUAUCCUCCAUUAAGUUUACAUCAGUUACAAACUUUAUUAGAUACAGAUCGAAUUGAUAAAAAUAAACCAAUCGAUUUAACACAGUUAUGUAAUACUGGAGUUGUUAAUAUAGAUCCAGUUGGAGGAAUGCAUUAUGGUUUUCAAUUAACAGAUGAAGGGAUAAAUAAUUUUAAAGCUAAAAUUGUUAUAGAAGUUCAACAUGCUAAAGAAAACGUUAUUGCUGCAGUUGAACGGAAUGGUGGUGUUAUUCGGACUGCUUAUUACGAUGUUAGAGCGUUACAAAUUCUCGUUGAUCCUGAAAAGUGGUUUGAAAAAGGUAUUCCAAUUCCUAAACGAAUGCUGCCACCACAAGAUGCUAUUGAUUAUUACACUUCUGCUGUCAAUCGAGGAUAUUUAGCGAAUCAAGCAGAAAUUGAUAAAGAACGUGAAAAACUGGCCACAAAAUAUGGAUAUACGUUAUCAAAACUAAAUGAGGAUCCCGGAUUCGCCGAAAUUGCUAAUAUGGUAAAAGAAGAAGAAGAAAUUUUUUAUGGUUUAAAACCAGGUUGGGUUAUAAAUUUGGUCGAUAAGGAAAUUAUUAAGCCAAAAGCUACAAAUGUUUAGUUAGAAAUAUUUAUAAAGAUUUUUUUAUUGUUAGAUUAAUAAAGGCUAAUGUUCUGAAAGAAAUAAAGAAUAUAUAUUUAAUGUUUUUUCAAGA